AUGAGCGCUUUUCGCUCUACUCUGAUAAGUACCAGAUGCAGCAGUGUUGUUUCUGACAAAUAUUUACAGAUGCCGCUCCGCGUAAGGCGAAGCCCAAGAUCGAGAAGCGGGCGCCGGGCGACCUCCCUCCACCCAAGCGACAACGCAGACGAUCCAGGCUGUAGACGCGCGUGCGGAAGCCAUGUCACCAAAAGAGAAAAAAUCGACGUUUUCACCACGAUUUGCACAAAGCCGUAUGGCCCGAACUGUCUAGCGACAGCUCCUGCCUUCACUGCUGGCCGUCCGUCCACUCUGCAUGUUUGUAGGGAGGCAUGUACGCGCCACAGAGAUGUGGGUCGUCGCCCAUUCUUUCAAAGGUUUUCUCCAGCUGCCAUGGGAGAAAACCCUCUUUCCGAGGUUUUAUGUAUCUACCAUUCUGAACAUGCUUCUACUUCGUUUACUAUCUGUUGCUGCUCUCUCCUUUCGAGGAUGAAGUCUCACGCUGCGGCGAGUGGCUUUGCUUACCGUACUUCGACAAAAAGAUGUCGUUGUCUGAUUUUCUCACAAACGGAAGAAGUAUGAAUGCGGAUUUCGCAUUUGUUCAUUUUUUGUUUGUGUCGUUUCGCCUCACACACAUUCAGAAUUUCGUUUCCGUAGGAGUUUACUUAGCUGAGUCGCUUUCAAGUGUGGGCGCCCGAAGGGCUCGUCAAGUUCUUUCGGCGCCUGCAGAACACUUUCCAACAGCUACAUUCACAGUGAUUUCUACAAUGACUGUCGAGUGCUAUCGGCAAUCUUCCUUCUUGAUCGGGUUGUAGUCGUACAAAAUCAAAAUUUAUAGUAGAACCACUUUCUUGUAUCGCAAUUUUGUGUUUCUUUGUUUUCUUUUACUUUUUUACAGCUACGCAUAUUCAUACUAUCUGUCAAAUUGUUUUACUCUUUCUCCAGAUUAUCGUUGAGGUUGAGUUGUACGCAUUUUCGGCCCCUUGCAUUUUGGCAUUGUUGACGUGCCAUUUUUUCGCAAUUUCAUUUUGAAGACCCCAAUUACAGUUUUACAAUUGAUUCUGCAUCCUCACUGUUGACGCCAGGCUUAUCUUUUCGCGACCCCUGUUCUCUCUGUAAAGAUGAAGCGUACUUUUCCCGUAGUUGUUAUCAGUCUCACCCCUAUUUUGUCUCACUACUGUGGUCACACUCCUCGAAAAUUUCGUGCAAGAAGAACCACGAUAGUACACCAGCCUGGAAGCUAGCUGCCAGAGGUCUUCCGAGCAUCAAUAAUGUUUGGCCCACUUCUUCCACUAUGAGUAGUUCUAUUGCUAAGGCGGCGCAUACACACGUAGCUCUCGGCAGUGGGGCUGUAGCGGUACAACCAAGCAUGGGAAAUACGAAGAUGAAUCGGCGAGCUAGUAUCCUUGACGUACGUGUUUGAAAUUUGUACUGUCGCAAAGAAAAUCAUUGUAGUACGAGGAGGGUGAUCACAUAUAAUUAAAAACUUUGUACUUCUACAAUUAAUUACGCACUAAAACUAUCAGCAUUUACACUACAUGUGCAGUGCUUUCCUUUUUUUUUGAAAACCGAAACUCAGAGUAGAUCUGUAUUGUCACUGUGCUGUGCGUCCACGAAGAAGUAUCUUCACACACCUAAUUUCCUUUCGCAAAUUUUCACAGCCAGCAGCUCAGUAGCAGUACAUCCGUUCUUCUUUUCGCACAUUCUUUCGGAGCUCAACAGUGGAACACGGAUAAGGGAGAGGCACUGCACUUGAAAAACAAAAGCCGAGAAUUAUAAAUUGCACCAAAAAAAAGGAAAAAGUUAAAAAAAAAAAACCAAAGAACAGAGCCGAGCGCCGAGUGGGGGUUGCGGG